AUGGGUACAGUGAACGUGAGUGACGUGUGGUGGCCAGUGACAUGUAGCAACCGUUUUGGACAAGUAGACUCUAUGUGUAGCACGCAGCGCGCACGGGUGUCAAGAAUGCACCUAACCAGCGCUUCGAGCGGCGCAGUGUCGCCGGACACGAGCUCCACACUCUUGCAUGAGACCUACACAAAAAUGACUUCUGAUAUACUAGCCGAACGAACGCUGGGGGACUUUCUAUCAGAACACCCGGGAGAACUAGUGCGGACGGGUAGUCCUCACUUUGUGUGUACAGUUCUGCCUCCACACUGGCGAUCGAAUAAGACAUUGCCUGUGGCGUUUAAAGUGGUAGCUCUAGGCGACGUAGGAGAUGGCACCCUGGUCACUGUUCGGGCUGGUAACGAUGAAAACUGCUGCGCGGAGCUGAGAAAUAGCUCAGCAGUGAUGAAGAAUCAAGUUGCUAAGUUCAACGACUUGAGGUUCGUCGGCCGCAGCGGUCGCGGUAAAUCGUUCACAUUGACGAUAACGAUAUCAACGACACCACCGCAGGUGACCACUUACAACAAAGCCAUCAAAGUAACAGUCGACGGACCCCGAGAACCCCGCUCCAAAACCAGUUAG